UUUGAACGGCCUUUUUUUUUCGUUCCUUGAAUUACAACGCCGUUUUUAUUUAAGUAGCAUCCAAGCACGAACGCAUCUACAGACACUUUACAGGAACAGUGGGACACGGAUAUGCCGGGAUGAAGGUGGUUUGUUUAUUCACAGGUAGAGAGAGAGAGAGAGGCAGUCAUAGACAGAGGAGGAGAGGAGGGUCUGGACUUGAACAUGGCUAACAGAGUCGCCAGCACGGAUGGCUGGGGGAAGAGAGCUCUAGGCCGCACUGAGCGAAGGUUUAUUGUCCGUUGUGUCUUGAAAGGCUGACUGGAGGGGCUUCGGGUGAGUUGAGAGGUAGGAGAGCGCGCAGAGGGGAGGAGAGUGAGAUGAGAGGGAAUGCGUUCAGAAAAUGAGCAUUUCCAGUGGAGACGAUGGUAGUGGUGAUGGUUGAUUGGUGAUAAAGAUGCUUGGCGAUGGUGAUGGUUAGUGAUGGGGAUGACGGUUGGCUGGUUAGUGAUGAUCAUGAUAGUGGUGGUGGUGAUGACGGUUGGCUGGUUGGUGAUGAUCAUGACAGUGGUGGUGGUGAUGACGGUUGGCUGGUUAGUGAUGAUCAUGAUAGUGGUCGUGGUGAUGACGGUUGGCUGGUUAGUGAUGAUCAUGAUAGUGGUGGUGGUGAUGACGGUUGGCUGGUUAGUGAUGAUCAUGAUAGUGGUGGUGGUGAUGACGGUUGGCUGGUUAGUGAUGAUCAUGAGAGUGGUGGUGGUGAUGACGGUUGGCUGGUUAGUGAUGAUCAUGAUGGUGGUGGUGGUGGUGAUGACGGUUGGCUGGUUAGUGAUGAUCACGAUAGUGGUGGUGGUGGUGAUGACGGUUGGCUGGUUAGUGAUGAUCAUGACAGUGGUGGUGGUGAUGACGGUUGGUUGGUUAGUGAUGAUCAUGAUGGUGGUGGUGGUGAUGACGGUUGGCUGGUUAGUGAUGAUCAUGAUAGCGGUGGUGGUGAUGACGGUUGGCUGGUUAGUGAUAAUCAUGAUAGUGGUGGUGGUGAUGACGGUUGGCUGGUUAGUGAUAAUCAUGAUAGUGGUGGUGGUGAUGACGGUUGGCUGGUUAGUGAUGAUCAUGAUGGUGGUGGUGGUGAAGACAGGGGGAGUGGUGGUGUAGUGGUUAGCGCCUCGCCACGCUAUGAACCCGAGACCAAGCAAGAACUGGAAGACCUGAUGGCAGACAUCAAGAAGACAGCCAACCGCGUGCGCUCCAAGUUAAAAGCCAUCGAGCAAGACAUCGAGAAGGAGGAGACGGAGAAUCGCUCCUCGGCCGACCUGAGGAUACGCAAGACGCAGCAUUCAACGCUGUCGCGCAAGUUCGUGGAGGUGAUGACGGAGUACAACUCGACGCAGUCCGACUACCGCGAGCGGUGCAAGGGGCGCAUCCAGAGGCAGCUCGAGAUCACUGGGAAGACGACCACUAACGAGGAGCUGGAGGACAUGCUGGAGAGCGGCAACCCCGCGAUCUUCACGUCCGGGAUCGUGCUCGACUCCAAGAUCGACAAGCAGGCUCUGAGCGAGAUCGAGUCCCGGCACAACGACAUCAUCAAGCUGGAGACGAGCAUCCGCGAGCUGCACGACAUGUUCCUCGACAUGGCCAUGCUGGUCGAGAGUCAGGGCGAGAUGAUUGACCGCAUAGAGUACAACGUGGAGCACUCGGUGGACUACGUGGAGAGGGCCGUGUCCGACACCAAGAAGGCCGUGAAAUACCAGAGCAAGGCGCGCCGGCGCUGCAUGCAUGAGCUGGGUUCGACACCAGUUGCCCGUGCGAAGAACAAAACCUGUACAUAGCCCCGCACCCCCCAUCUAACCCCACCGUACCCCGCCCCCUGAACCCCCUAAAUUCCCCGCCACCCCUCCCCCUUUAAUCUCCCCCCCACCUAACCCGCCCCCAAUUUCCCCAUUCAAUUCACUGCGUCCGUGUGAUGUCAAUGCAUGUUAAUUUUACGAAUUGAACGAUGGGUGUUUAACUUUUUACGUCGAAUUUAAGUUCCUUGUUCCGUCGUAUUGAACUGAGAGAACAGCACACACACACGCACGCGCAUACACAAUGCGUUCAAUAAAUAUGAUCAAAAUAUCAAAUACAUAUAUAUCAAAUCGGUGAUAGAAAACAUAUGAAGCGUUCAACCUGAAACCGAGAUGACGCCGGUGAACGCGGCGACGCAAGCGUGGCAAGAGGAGUAAUUGAAUUGCUAAGUUGGCGAAUUAAUUAAUUACGAGAUCAGCAGUUGAUUGAGUUUAAUUUAUUUUUGUCUCCCCGAUGAGUAGAAAUGUCACCGCAGUGGGGGUCGAUACCUCCGCCUUAGCCUCCUCUCUCUCUCUCUCGGCUCCCUCGUUAUCCAUCACCCCUUUGGCAUCACACCACCCAAACCUUGACGCCCCUUUUGCCUGACAGACAACAGUCGACCCUUGUGAUUGGUGGGGGGGGGGGGCGUUAAUUCGUUCACCGAUUUGACCGUUUCACGUGAACCACGGUUGCUGAACACACAAAGACAAAGAUCCCCCCCCCCCAGCCCCCUGUCGCCUUGACAAACUGUUAGUGGCAAGCGCUGUUAGCGAGUAGCACUGAGGGGGCUGGGUGGCCUGCACCACGCCCGUCAAGCACAAAGACAAAGCCCCCCCCCCCCCCCUAUAGCCUUAACAGACUGUUGGGCCAAGUGCUGUUUAGCGAGCACACACACACACGCACGCACAGCCAACAGGCCCAAAGAGCCAAGCGCCCAGCAACAACCAGCACCUCCCAACAAUAAUAAUAAUAACGGCAGCUACAUUCGCUCCUGUUUGGGGAAAACUGACAUCCAGAUGCAAUCACGAGGCCACAUGUCCAUCGUAAUGAGAGGGUUUAUUUAGACUGCAGGAGGAACCCGAUGAGAUAUGAAGCUCUUUAACGCAGAUGUCCAGUAGGGCGGCUCAGCGAGUUCCACGAGGAAGCAACAGAAAGACACGGCAGGAGCGCAGAAUAGAGAGAGGGUAAGCACGUGACUCAAACAAAUUUAUAGUUUAAGUAAAAAGUACAUUUUGCAAAAAUCCCUGCCGAUGUAGGGAUGUAUGCUUCUGUCGGUAUUAAAUCGAUACGAGUCGACCACCACUUGCCUUUGGCAUUGAACGAGAACAUAAAAUCUUUGUACCCGUAGCACCACCACCACCAGCAGCAACAGCAGCACGACGGGAAGGGGAGGAGAGUCAAGGAUGCGAUGGGUGGGACAAAGAGCAAGGGGGGGGGCGGGAGAGAGAAGAGAAUGGGGAGGAUGAGAAGGAUGGAGGAGGAGGAGUGGAGAAACGCGAGCGAAGGGGUCAGGGGAGGUGAGGAGAGGGAGGAGAGAGGGGGGAGAGGCGACACCAGGGCAUGGACGCUGCUGCUGCUGCUACACGGACGGAGGAGGCGGCGUCUGUUUUCACAGUGGGCGGGCGGCGCGGGGAGGGGUUCAGAAUGGGCGUGGCCACACACAGAAGCCACGUGGUUUGCGGGAGGCUUGAGCCGAUUUAGAUGAUGAGAUUAUAAUAAGAGCUUGCGAGAGCGAGACGAUGAUGAUGGGAGGAGGGAAUUCCAAAGUGGAGCAGUGUAAGGGAAGAAGCGGAGAGAGAGACGUGAGGUGAGCUGCCGUGCCGUGGUGGUGGUGGUGUAGCGGGUAGUGUAGCGGGUAGUGUAGCGGGUAGUGUAGCGGGUAGUGUAGCGGGUAGUGUAGCGGGUAGUGUAGCGGGUAGUGUAGCGGGUAGUGUAGCGGGUAGUGUAGCGGGUAGCGCACUGCGCUACGAACCCGGAGACCACAGGUUCGAUUCCCGCUCACGGCCAACACCCGUGACGAUUAUUUGAAUCGGUCAUGGGCCUCGCUAAGGUCGACUCGGCCUCAAAUUAGUGUAUGGUGCGGUGUGUGGAACACCACUUGCCCCAACAGUUUAUGAAGGCUACACACGGGCGAUCUUUUAUCUUUGUUUGUGGUUGAGUCGCCGUGCGGUGGGUGGCACGGAACAGUCAGUGUCUGGUGGAGACCGAGUCCUCAACACGGACGGUGGAGGAAUCGGCGAGGGGAGUUCACGGCAAGAGUCACCGUGGCAGUCGUAGCGAUAGAAGUGUGAUGAGGAGGCGACAGAGCUAAACUAAGCUAUAUUCUUGGUUCUUUCGGUAAAGUCACGUAGAAG